AUGUACCGGCAGCAACAAAUAUGGCCCAAACGGCAAGCGCUAGCGCUUUGUCCGGAUGGUCACCCCGAACGUAGAUUUGCACUGCUUGAGCUCGGGGUAUCUCUCCGGUCUUAUUGUCGCCGUUUCGGUGACAAUUCGGUCCUGGAGGAGUCGAUAUCGAUGCAGCGGGAGGCGCUUGCACUUUGUCCAAGAGAACACCCCGAUCGACACCGCUUUCUCUACGAGCUUAGCAUGGGUAUCUGGUGCCACUACGAACAUUUCAGCGAUAAAUCUUCUCUCGAAGAGACGAUUUCACUCCAGCGCGUAGCGCUGAUGUUCUGUCCCAAGGACCAUCCCGAUCGUUGCCGUUUCCUCCACCAGCUUGGCACGUGUAUC